GGCUUUUCCAAACGCUAAAUUGCCACUCCUCACUCAGAACCACGUUCCCCAUCCUUUCUCUUCCACACGCACCACCACUCUCAACUCACACACUCACUCAACAAUGGCAGCAACAAUAUCAGCAAUGGCCAUGAUCAACGCCAAAUGCCUCAACCCCACAUCACCAAAAUUCCCGACCAAACUCACACCCUCAAAACCUUCUCUCCUUUCUCUUCCCAAGGGCCUUAUCGCCUCACCCGAAACCACCAGCCUCUCCGUUCCCACAGCCGUCGCCGGAGCCAUAUUCACGGCCCUAGGAACCUGCGACGCCGCGUUCGCCGCGCAGCAGAUAGCGGACAUAGCGGAAGGCGACAACCGCGGCCUGGCCCUGCUGCUGCCCAUAAUCCCAGCCAUAGGGUGGGUGCUGUUCAACAUUCUGCAGCCGGCGCUCAACCAAAUCAACCGCAUGCGCAGCACCAAAGGACUCAUCAUCGGGUUGGGUCUCGGCGGCUUGGCUGGACUCAUGGCGGCGCCGCCACAUGCAGCUGCAGCUGAAGUCGCGGCGAUCGCCGAAGCCGCGAGUGACAACAGGGGGCAGCUUCUGCUGUUUGUGGUGGCACCGGCUAUUGGGUGGGUGCUGUUCAACAUCUUGCAGCCUGCUCUGAACCAGCUGAACAGGAUGAGAUCUCGGUGAUGAUGAAAUAGUGAGGGAAUUAAUUCCUGUGAUAUCAUCAUACAAUAAUUCUCUUGUAACUUGUAUCUAUCUGAUGCUAUAUUACAUCACCUUCUCUUCUGCUUUUUUUUUCUUGUGACUUCCUUGAUUCAUUCCAUUCCGAUCUCUUUUUGUUGCAACUGUUAUGGGACCUUCCAUUUCCCUAUCAUGGAUCUGAUUGAGUUUGAGUUCA